GGUGAUUUCGCCCCGGUAUAUACACCCUGGAGCGAAGAAAAAAACGGCACUCGCUCGCGAUCGCCAUGUUGUGGAAGGUCUUGGUCCUGUCGACGACGUGCUGCGCGCUCUUCUUGGGCGCUCGAGCGCAGGUCAACGUGAGAGACCCCGAGCUGGGAGAAUUUCAGGACGACGGCAAAUGUUUCCCGUUGAAGCAGCCGUGGUUCAUGGUGUACCGCAACUACGAAGCGGACCCUUUCUUCGGCCUGGCUGCGAAGUGCGUCCGCGUCAGCGCUACGGACGUCCCGUACGUCGACAACGCCACGCACGUCAAGGUCGAGUUCGGCGACCACGACAGCCUUGACCUGAGCGUUCAGCUGGUUCCCACCAGUGGUUAUCGGCACCAAAAUGCCCUCCGUGUAUCGCCGACAGGAGGAGCGCAGGUGGAGCUUGACCUGCCGAUUGAUUACGUGGACUGCAACUCCUGCAAGAUCCUGAGACAUCCAUACGCAGGAAAGGCAGCGUGCAGUUUGAUGGUCACAGGCGAGCACGUCGCGAAUCCUCCCAGCGCCUGUCACUUUAUCUACAGGCUGCUCUGCGGCGCUACGAAAAUUCCCAUCUACGACGAAAGCUGCAAGAAACACCACUGAUCAAUCGAAUCUCUGCCACACCCCCUCGGCACUGCCACGUGCGGGCCAGCUGUUUCAUUCAGAAUUAAUACAAUAUCACCUAUGGCA